AAAGAGAAUUGCACUUUUCAACCUAAGGUGUUAAAUUUCACAAAAAGAAAAAAAUAUGGUAGUGAAGGUGUAUGGUUCAGCAAUGGCUGCGUGCCCACAGAGAGUCAUGGCUUGCCUCAUAGAGCUGGGAGUUGAUUUUGAGCUUAUCCAUGUCGAUCUUGAUUCUCUCGAGCAGAAAAAACCUGAAUUUCUGACUUUACAGCCAUUUGGACAGGUUCCAGUCAUUGAAGAUGGUGAUUUCAGGCUUUUCGAAUCGAGAGCAAUAAUAAGAUAUUAUGCAGCAAAGUAUGAAGAGAAGGGAACCAAACUAACAGGAAAAGCAUUGGAAGAGAAAGCUGUAGUAGAUCAAUGGCUAGAAGUGGAAUCCAACAACUUCAAUGACUUGGUAUACAACAUGGUACUCCAACUCCUCGUGUUUCCUAAGAUGGGACAGAACAGUGACUUGACACUGGUACACAAAUGUGCCGACAAGCUAGAGAAAGUCUUCGACAUCUAUGAACAAAGGUUGUCCAAGACUAAAUACCUAGCAGGAGAUUUCUUCUCACUAGCUGAUCUCAGCCACCUUCCUAGCCUUAGGUUUCUGAUGAAUGAAGGUGGUUUUGCACAUUUGGUUACGGAGAGAAAGUGUAUGCAUGGUUGGUAUUUGGAUAUUUCAAGCAGACCUGCUUGGAACAAAGUGUUGGAGCUGAUGAUGAAGAAGAAAUCAGAGAUGUCGGAACCCCCAGUUAAAGAAGUAAAACUUUAGGAAAACUAACAACUCUUAUAAGCUUUCAUCUAGAUUUCAUUUCAAGCGGCCGGCUCUAAUAAGUUUGGGAUUGAAGCACAAUUAUUUUUGUUGUAUGUUUCAACAAGAAUAUAGUCAAAAAUAAAAUUGGAUUUGAUAUAUCUAUUGUGAUGUAAAGGGAGACAAAUUUUAAUUUUAAUUAUGAGU